GUUACUGUCAGUACUAUUAUUAGUUACUACAGCCUACAGUUUGCUAGUUAGCUAUGCCUUCGGCACAGAAAUGCAUACUACCUGGAUGCGAUCAUGUACGAAACAGAUCGGUGUCCUUAUUUAAAUUUCCUAAAAACGAUCACAUCAAGAAGAGGUGGAUUAAUUUUGUGAAGAGCCACCUUGAUGGAGAGCUGAGGAUCACCACCAAAACCUGCCUCUGUAGUGAUCAUUUUACAAGGGAUAGUUUUAUAAACUUUCGUCGGAGACAACUGGGAUUCACUGAUAAUCCGCUGUUACUGGAGAAUGGGGCCGAACCGACUAUCUCCCGCCUUGGCCCUCAUCCUCCCGUCGCGCCGACAACUGGAGCCAUCAUCGGCAGUGCGUGCCCACCAAUGACGCAGUCCCUUCCGACCACAAAAGAGACCGAGUCUUUUAUGCAUAAAGUCACUCGAGAAGUUGGAUGUCAGACAGAUCACUUUGUGGGGAAAAGGACUGUGGCCACACAACUGUCUAAAAGAACACUAGCCAACAUAAAGAGUACAGGUUCUCAAGCUACUGUGGCCACAAAGAGUGUUGCUGUUGGAAACACCACAGCCAUGCUUCUUCCGCUUUGCUCUUCAACUCCAAUGUAUAUAGAUAGACAUGAUAGUCCAGAUUUGACAGUAAGUUGUGACGCAUAUAAACAUGUAAUUACUCAAACUGGUUGA